ACUCAAGUAAGCAGACUUCUAACCAUCUGUUGUUACUAAAAGUAAAUAGUGUAGUAAAUAGAGGUUUGCUGUGAAUGCAAGUCAUCUGAUCACUAAAGUAAUAUAAGAAUUUAGUUUUUAGUAUUAUUUAAAGGAAAACUUCAAAACAAUGACUGCUGUUCACGUAAUCAACAAUAAUGAUCAUUUUCAUCAAGAAUUAAGAAAUGCUGGUUCAAAACUUGUUGUAGUCGAUUUUACUGCUGCAUGGUGUGGUCCAUGCCAACGUAUUGCUCCAAUAUUUGAACAACUGGCUUCCAAGUAUCCCCAAGCUGUUUUUAUGAAAGUUGAUGUUGAUAAAUGUGCAGAUACUGCUGCCAGCAAUGGCGUCAGUGCUAUGCCAACUUUUAUUUUUUAUAAAAACAGAUCUAAAAUUGGAUCGUGUGAAGGGGCAGAUUCCAAUGUAUUAGAGUCAAAAAUUCAACAAUUUUAUGGAUUACCUGAACAAGAGGAUACAGAAGGAUCGCCGUCUGAUCAUAUGGACUUGAUAUCUCUAGUUAUGAAGGCUCAAUGUGAGUGUUUGAAUGAAUCAGAUGAUCACUGUUUUGCAGAUUGUUUAGUGUCGAAUGAUGAUUAUCUUGAAAGCGACUGUGAUGAACAGUUAAUUAUUUCGAUUACUUUUAUUCAACCUGUAAAAAUCCAUUCUUUGAAAAUUCGAGCCCCAGCAAGUAAUGGCCCGAAAAAUUUAAAACUUUUCAUCAAUCAACCAAGAACUAUUGAUUUUGACAUGGCUCAAACCAAUUCAAGCGUUCAAAAUUUAGAGUUAUCAACAAAAGAUAUUGUGGAGGAAAAUCCAAUUUUACUACGCUAUGUGAAAUUUCAAAAUGUUCAAAAUUUACAGAUAUUUGUUAAAGAUAAUCAAAACGGUUUUGAUACAACUCGAAUCGAUCAUUUGUCUAUUUUUGGAUCACCUAUUUCUACUACCAAUAUGGGUGACUUUAAAAGGGUAGCAGGAAAAAAAGGCGAAAGUCAUUGAGUAUACAACUUUUUUUCUUUGAAAGAAAUUUCGAAUUUUAUUUUUUUCAA